GCUAUCCGGAGCACACAUGGCUUAGAAGUUCCAUUAAGCCAUAAGGGAAAACUGAUGGUAACCGAGGAAUAUAUUGAAUUUCUGUUAAAGAUAGCAAAUCAAAAAAUGGAGGAAAACAAGAAGAGAAUUGAAAGGCUUUAUAACUGCCUACAGCAUGCUUUGGAAAAAGAAAACAUUACUAACUCACGUCCCAAAGAGAAAAUCAAAGACAAAAAUAAAUCAUCAUAUACUCGUAAGAAGAAAAGAAACCCAGAAGAAGCACACAGCAAAUGUUUUACUGAAGAAAAUGUUAAAGAAUGUGAAAAUGAUGAUGACCUAGGAAUCAGUGUUACUAUCUUCCCUGAAGAUUACUAAGAUUCGGUCUUGGUAGAAUAAUGUUUCUAAUAGAUAAUACAAAGCUGCUCUUUACAAGAGUAUUUUAGUUUCUUGAGUAUAUGAGCCAUUCAGAAAAGCAAGAUUUAUUCUUUCUCUAUAUUUAGAGAAAUCCUUAGCUUUUUUAAAAUAGCUCUGUAUAAUAUUUGCUCAUUAAAUACCAUCUGUUUUAGUCACAUAGAGAUUCAUUGCAAAAAUAAAAUUGACUUUUUAAUGCCU